CUCGGGGCGAAUGGCAAUCGAGUGUCACACGGGAAGAAGAAGCUGCGAAAAGAAUUUUAGAAGAAAGCAACUGCAAUUUUGUCAUAAUCGGAGCCUCAAUUCGCGAUGAAUAAUGGAAACUAGACAGCCCAGUUCCGGUGAUGCGAUUAGGCCAGAGCUGUACUUCCUCAUCUCCAAGUUCCUGGCCGAGGGGCCGCUGGAGGAGACGGCAAAGGUCUUGAUCCGCGAGCUCGAGGAGAAGAAGGUUCUGCCGCGUCGCCUCGAUUGGCAGGGAAACGAGCAUGAACAGACCUUUGAGGAACUGGAACGAAAGUACAAGCACAUUGGCGCCAAUCAUCUGCUCGAGAUAUGCGGCCGCCUGGGUCCGCUGGUGGAUCGCGAUCUGCCGCCCAGUGUGCCGGGCAUAAACUCACUCUUGGGCACUGGUCGCCAGAACCUCCUGCGCACCAAGGACACCGUCUACUGCCACCGCUCUCUGAAGGAUUACUGCACCCGCCUCCAUGGAGUCUCACUGCCGGAUUCGCGCCUCACCAAGCCCACACACAACUUGGAUCGAGUUCUUACUGGCCGCGAACAUGGCGGAGAUGUGCGUCGCAAGCUGCUGGUGCCCACGGAUCUUUACCGCCGGACGAAGCUGCUCCGCCGCACCGUGGGUCAUUUGUCCUCGGUCUACUGUGUGCUCUUUGACCGCACCGGGCGCUACAUCAUCACCGGAGCCGAUGAUCUGCUUAUAAAGAUUUGGUCCGCUGCAGAUGGCCGUCUGCUGGCCACUCUGCGAGGCGCCUCCUCCGAGAUCACCGACAUAGCCAUCAAUCUGGACAACACAAUGCUGGCUGCCGGAUCAUUGGAUCACAUUUUGAGGGUGUGGGACAUGCAGACCACUUCGCCCAUUGCCGUUCUGUCCGCCCACACGGGCAUGAUAACGUCGGUGAACUUUUGCCCGUCGCCGUGCAGCGAUCUCAAGUAUCUGGUGACCACCAGCACGGACGGAUCCAUCGCCUUUUGGCAGUACUCAACGCCGCGCGGUCAGAAGAUCACCUUUGCCCCGAAGCCAACGCAGUAUCACGAGAAGUUGCGACCUGGACAGGCGCAGAUGAUGUGCACCACCUUCUCGCCGGGCGGCAUUUUUCUGGCCGCUGGCUCUGCGGAUCAUCAUGUGCGUGUCUACAUGAUGGGCGAGGAUGGUCCGAAGAGGAUCCUCGAGACAGAAGCCUACACAGAUGCCGUGGAUUCGGUGCAGUGGUCGCAUCGCGGGCUGAGAUUCAUCUCGGGCAGCAAGGAUGGCACCGCACACAUCUGGACCUUUGAGUCGCAGCAGUGGAAGAGCGCCAAGCUGUGCAUGACGGAGCGUCUGGCCAGCUGCCCGGAACCGGAGGAGGGAAAGAGGCUUAAGGUGACCAUGGUGGCCUGGGAUGCCUCCGAUCGUUAUGUCAUCACAGCCGUCAAUGAUUUUACUAUAAAAAUCUGGGACUCGAAGUCAGCCAAGCUGCAUCGUGUCUUGCGUGGCCACAAGGAUGAGCUGUAUGUGCUUGAGUCAAACCCAAGGGAUGAGCACGUCCUGCUGUCCGCCGGUCACGAUGGCCAGGUGUUUCUAUGGGACAUCGACCAGGGCGUUUGUGUGGCGACCUUCCUCAACGACAUCGAUGGCCAGGGACAUGGCAGCGUGUUCGAUGCCAAGUGGUCGCCGGAUGGCACGAUGAUAGCUGCCACCGACUCGCACGGACACAUCCUGAUCUUUGGCCUAGGCGUGUGCAUUGAUAAGUACAAAAUGCUGCCCACUGAGCUGUUCUUUCACACGGACUUCCGGCCUUUGCUGCGCGAUGCCCAGCAUCAUGUGGUGGACGAGCAGACGCAGAUAAUGCCGCAUCUGAUGCCGCCGCCCUUCCUGGUCGACGCCGAUGGCAACCCGCAUCCGUCGAGGUUUCAACGUUUUGUGCCGGGCCGUGAGAGCUGCAGCUUGGAUCAAUUGAUUCCGAAUCUUACGGUGGGCGUGGAUGGCGUACAAAUCGACGAUAGAGCUGGUGAUGUUCCUGUGCCCGCCGCUGUAGCACCCGCAGAAGCUCCGGCACCCGCAGUGGCUGCCCCCGCAGCUGCUGUUGCUGGAGGAGCAGCUGGAGGAGCCAACUACUCGCACAUCGACCGCAUGAUUGCAGCUCUGGCCAACCGGCAGUCGGUUAAUGCCAAUGCUAAUGAUGGAAAUGCGAGCGUAGCGAACCAGUCCUUUGAGCGCCUGACCAAUCGUCAACUGCCCGACUCCAAUGGCAGGCAAUCCUCGCGUGGCAACGUCUUGGGCAGUCGUCUAAGCACUCCUCGCCAGGGAUGGGGAGCUGCUCCAGCCGCCGAGGAUCAACCGGGACCAGCAGCAGCAGCUCCGGAACAGGCGGGAGAACCCAGCCCGGCACAAGCGCAGCAGGCACUACCCAUCAAGUUCAUUCGACGCACCUAUGUGCGUCCCAUGAAGUACCCCCAGUUGCAGAACCUCAAGCAGACCAUCUACGCGGCCGGUCAGUUCGAGAAGCAGGAGUACAAACGCGAGAUGCGUCGCCGACCGAUCAUGAUAAACACGGCCAGUGCGGCAUCCUCGCAGCAGGCGGGCAGUGUGGGAAGGCCAAGGAAUACGCGUGCCAAUGGCGGCGGCGGCGCACGAACCGGUGGCCGUAGACGUGGCGCCGCCCAGCCAGGAGCAGGACAACCCCAACCCGCCUAUCGAACGCGAGCUGUACGAGAUCAGGAGCCGGAACGCUUCGAUGAGGUGCCACCGCCGCCCGAGGAAGAGGAGGAGGAUGUGUCUAGCAACUCUUCCGGCGACACCAGCUACUCGAAUGUGGAGGAAAACCUAGAGGACAGCAGCGAUGAGUCGGAAACGGAUAGCUCUGAUUACUCCGAUUGGGUGGCGGAUACUCCUGGCCCUAAUCUCGAGCCACCGAAGCGCUCCAAGCGCAAGCCGCUGUCUCGGCGUCCUCGCAGCAGCGAUGACAGCAGCGAUGAUGAGCGGGCGGGCAGAGCCAGAGGCAGCGGUGGUCAGGUGAGAGCCCGCAAAGUGGGACGCAAGACAGUGUUGUUCCCGCCCACAGAUGCCAAUGGUGAGAUACCGGAGCUCUAUCGUCCCGCCGAGUGGCUGUCGGAGGUGAUUCCACGCAAGGCGCCUUACUACCCACAAAUGGGUGAUGAGGUGGUCUAUUUUCGGCAAGGACACGCCAAGUACUUGGAUGCCGUGCGCCUGAAGAAGGUCUAUAAACUGACGCAUAGCUCAGAGCCGUGGAACUUUCACACGCUGCGUGAUCAUGAGUUGGUUCGAGUGAUUGGCAUCAAGUACGAGAUACGACCACCGAGACUGUGCUGCCUGAAGCUGGCCAUCAUCGAUGAGGAGGGCAACAUGACGGGGACGACGUUCAAGAUCAAGUAUCACGACAUGCCCGACGUUUUGGACUUUCUGGUGCUGCGCCAGACCUUCGAUUUGGCAGUGCAACGCAACUGGAGCAUUGGCGAUCGGUUCCGCUGCAUGAUUGUCGACGGCUGGUGGAUGGGCCAGAUUGAAUCGCGUCACGCCCUCUCCGCCGACUUUCCCGACUCCUCCUUUAUGUGUUUCCGCGUGCGUUGGGAUAAUGGCGAGUACGAGUUUAUGAGUCCCUGGGACAUGGAGCCCAUAGACCAGGCCAGGGUGCCCGUAGAAGUGGGUGGUGCAGUGGAGGUUCUCCCAGAGGAGAUACGCGCCACCCUGUAUCAGCCCAAGUCGGAGGAAUGGCAUCGCGGGGAUCGCGACGGCACCUGCAGGCGUAUAAUCAAUGGAUUGGAACAGGUAAUGCGUCUCUCCAUAGCAGAACACUUCCUGGCCCCCGUCGACCUGAACAUUUAUCCGGACUACGCCUAUUUGAUCGAGUAUCCCAUCGAUCUGACCACGGUAAAGUCUCGCUUUGAGAACCACUUCUACCGCCGCAUCACCUCGGCCCAGUUCGAUGUGCGCUACCUGGCCACCAAUGCGGAGCAGUACAACCGUCGGCACGCGAUUAUCGUCAAGCACUCACGGAUUGUCACAGAUCUUUGUCUGAGGAUCAUAAGGGAAGCGGAUGAGAUAGAUGUGGCUGCUGUUUAUCAUCAGCUGGCCGAUGUGUACCACUCUUCCGAGUCGGAGAACGAGGCGGAUUCGGAUCCGGUGCCUUCGACCAGCACGGGACCAACAACUUCGGCAGCUGCAGCAGCAGCCAGACAACGAGUAUCCUCCGCUCGACGCUCCACGCGAAUUCACUCGGAAGGCGAUUGGCGCGCCGACUGCCGACAACUGCUCGAUAUGAUGUGGGCACGUACCGAUUCAGAGCCGUUCCGUGAGCCUGUGGAUACCAUAGAUUUCCCGGACUAUCUGGAGAUCAUUGCGACGCCCAUGGAUCUGCGCACGGUGAAGGAGGAUCUACUGGGCGGCAACUACGACGAUCCAUUGGACUUUGCCAAGGAUGUGCGAUUGAUCAUACAGAAUUCGAAGAACUACAAUACCAACAAACGCUCGCGGAUCUAUGCCAUGACCCUGCGACUCAGUGCGCUCUUUGAGUCGCAUAUUAAGACGGUGGUCACCAGCUGGAAGGCGGCCUGCAGGCGUGCCAAUAAAAACAAAUCGGGCAGCAGUGGCGGCGGAGGACGCGGUGGUUCCAGCAGCAGUCCAAACAAGCGGUCCAACAAGGAGCGCUCAACGCGUCGCAAUCAAAAGCCGACGGCGGCGGCUCGUAGAUUACCACUGGCCUCCAGUGAAGAGGAGGAGGAGGAGGAGGAGGAUGAUGACGACGACGAUGAUGACGACGAGGAGGCGGCCGCCACCAGAGGUGGUCGCUCUCGGCGACGAAACGGCGUGGCCGUAAGUGCCAGUUCGUCUGGCUCCAACCGCGUUACCUCCUCCUCGGCCGCCCAGCAGCGGCGAAUCAAGGACAGCAGCAGCGAGGAGGAGGAGGAGGAGGAGACCAGUGCGCAGGCCACUUCGGAUGCCAGCAGCGAUGAGGAGGAGGAGCGAGCCCAGUCCAAUGAUAGUUCGCCCCAGCAGACACGCACGCGCAGAGCGAGGCAGCGGCAACGCCUGAGCGAUGACUCCAAUGUGAACGACUCGGAGGAUAGCUACAAUCCCAACGAGGGACGCAGCAGUCGCCGGAGAUCGGGGGCCAAGCGACCGUCUAGUAACCGGCAGAAAAAUGGCCACUCCAGCAAGCGGCGGCGGAUGAACAAGAGUCCAGCCACAACAGCUGCAGCUGCCGCCACUGGUUCACCGCGGCGCACUCGUCGCAUGGUGGGCAGUUCCGCCGAGGAGGCGGCCUCCCACUCGCAGCACGACGAGAGCACCCAGGACAGCACCCAGGUGGGCGGUGGUCGUCGAAAGGGCCGCUCGGCGAGCAGCAGAUCGCAGCCCAUUGGCAAUGGACCGAGUACCAGUGCCGCAGCAGCCGGCAACUCCAGUUUGGAGAGUCCUUCGCGAAACACCCGGGCCAACGGGAGCAGAACCUCAUCACAUCUUGCCGCCGAAAAUGAUCACAGCUACCACCUGCCAGUGCGCAACGGACGCAUCAUUGAAUCGGAUACGGACUCGCCGGUCAUGAGGCCCACGCGCCAGAGCGCCAAGCGGGCACUCACGGAAUGGGGACGCGGCAGCGACAUCGAAGAGGAGGAGGAGGAGAGCGAAGAAGCCGAGGAGAUCCUGCCAACGCCCACAAAGGACGACGUGCCCUCUACUAGUCGAGCCGCUUUGGCACAGGCCGCCGCCGGUCCUGUCCGUCAGUUGCGCACGAAUCGCAACACCGUCGUGCGUCCUGCCCAGAGUGACGACGAUGACGACGACAGUGACAACGAGCCGCUGGCCAACAAUCAGCAAAAAAACUACCAAUCACCUGCAAAAGCAAGCUCAACAGCAACAGCAGCUGCACCUCAUCCGCUCAGCCUGCGACGUCGUUUGGCCUCGCCGCCGGAACGAAACACUCAUAUGACCCGUUCGCACGCCACCUCCACGACGUCCUCGGCCGCAGGCUCUCGGGCAGAACAGCAGCCGGCGGUGUCCACCCAUGACCAUAACUACCUGGGCAAUGUCAACUCAUCGAGGGCUCCGCGACGCAUUCUGUCGCGUCAUCAACGCAACGCCGAUGAGUUGGACACAAGUUUGGAUGUCCUGGAGAACUCACGUCUGCUCUCAGCCAUAGCCAAUCACCGGCGACCCACCUCCACCACGAAUAGCACUAGCAACAGUACGAGCAACGUGGUAACAAGACGUCUGCGUGGACGCGCCAGUCAGGCAAACUCCCAUGAUGAGGAUCACGAGGAAGAGGAGGAGGCUGCGGCGUCCGACGAGGGCACCGAUGGUGGCUCCAGCUCGCAGAGUUCCGCCGAUGAUGAUGAAGAGGAUUCCGAUUCGGAGGACAAUCAGCCACUGACCAGCUACGUUUCGCCCAGCAAUGGACGCACGAGGCGCAAGGCGAAAACCUCCUCCUCCUCGGCGGCCACGCAGGAGCGACCGUUGCGGCGCACCCGUCGCCCGCCAUCGAAUAACUCGUUCGAAAACGACAACGACGAUGAUGAUGAUGACUAUGUGGGUCCGCGCAGUCGUCGUACCAAUCGGAGUGGAAACCAGCGCGCCGGUCGGAAUCAAAAGAGGCCGCGCUACAAUGAGCAGUCCGAGGAGGAAGAGGCGGCAGCGGGCUUUUCGCACCGGAGUAAACGAAUUCGCAACGGUCAUGCCAGCUCACAGGACCGAUCGCAGGCCUCCACCGAGCGGGAUCAAGACGACGAGGAUGAGGAGGAGGAGGAGGGCAGCUCGGUGGACUCGGAUGACCAGCUGGUGAACGUGAGCAGCCGGGGCAGGGUGCGCAAACCUUCUGCCAAGGCGCGCGGCAUCUUGAAGGAGUGACCGCAGACGCAGACUGUUUUAUGUAUAAAUUAAAUCUAAUUGCUAAAUCGAGAAACCAUUGUAACAUUUUCUAGCGU